UUCAGACAAGACGAUUGUCAUCCGACAAGUGCCGCAAACACUUCCGAAAAAUCUCAAUUAAGCGUUCGAUGCGUAGUUGUUUUCUUUGUCGACAGAUGGCGAAAAGAGUUGUUUACUUCAAUUUUACGUUAGAGACACAUACACAGAUGAAUUCAAAAGCAUUGUGAAAAAUAGAUUGAAAACCAAUGGCUGGUGUUAAGCUGAUGGGUCAUAGUUCUGACGAUGAUUUUAAGGGUUGCUCACCUCCUUUAAGCCAAAAACUUGUAAGAAGAAAUCAAAAAAUCCCAAUUGGUCAUAUUUUAGCAUCAUUGAAAUGGAGAAAUACCUCAGUUGUCCAGAAAAUGACAGAGAGUAUCAAGGUUUUAUUUUCUUCUGAUCUUGGCAUUGUUGAUUUCCAUCCAUCUGGAGACUGUGCAGUGAUUUACAUUUCUGCAGCUGAAAUGAUUGAAGGUCUUUUGUACAAGAAACGACUAGCUGGACUUAAAGCAGUCAAAGGAAUCCGAAAGGUCAUUGUGGCUGAAAGAACUUACCUCUCACUACAACAAUUCUCCUCCCUUCAGCAGUUUGCAGUUCUAGAACUUGAAUUAGAUCUUAUUCCAGUCACAGAAAAUGGUCUUCAUAGCCUCUUGGUGCAAAUGGUAUCUGCUGAAAAUAAAAUAUCAAAAAAUCCAUUCUUGCAUCCUUCAAAAAUUCAGGAUGAAGAACUGUCAGCCCAUGUAUCAAUUGCUUUAAAGAAUAUCCCAAAAAUUGGUGAAAAGAAAAUUAUGAUGCUUAUGGAGAGAUUUGGUUCGUUGCACAACAUUGCAAUAGCCACAGUUGAAGACUUGUCAUCAUUACUUGGUGCCUCACUUGGACAAAUAGUAUGGGACUAUUUUAACAAAUGAAAUGGCUGGUAAGAAUCAAGUUUAAAAGAUUUGUACAUUGUCAGUCCUUCCAAUCAUGAAGUACUAUUAUUCCAAUUUAUUAUUCCAAGUUGUUUAUUUGUUUCAUAUGCGUAAUUUCAAAUUUUUUAUCUAGAAUCUACAAAAGAAAAAUUA